CUUCAGCUCAUAUCUGAAAAAAAAAAAUGCGGUGUUCCCUCGUUUGCCCUCGUACUCCCGUCCAUCAAACACACACCCGCCUUAAUCAUCCCUCCGAUCUCCUCCCAAAUCCGACCAUCUCUAGCGUCGAUAAUCUCCUCUCACCUCCUCCCAUCGUCGAUGUCGCACAGCAUCGCCGCCCCCAUCGUCGAUCUCAUACACACGAGUUUCUCAGAGCUUCUGAUAUCGACUCCUACCACCAAGGUCAGACCUCUGAAGCCAAUCUCCAACAACACCACCUUCUUCAGUGUUGGUAUCCUCCCUCGACAGCGCCGGCGACCGCCACUUAACCUCCAUCACGCACUAGAUGCCAAGGCUAUAGCUCUUGAGGUGUUAUCUAACAGAGGGUAUGAUGGAGGGGCAUCUGAUACUUGGUCUUGUGGUGUCAUCUGA